CCCGCGCUCCCGCCGGGCCCCGCGCAGCCCGGGCCCGGCCCGCCAUGCGCUCCGUCAGCUACGUGCAGUGCGUGGCGCUCGACUUCGCCGGCAGCCUCUUCCCGCACGCCAUCUGCCUGGGGGACGCCGACAACGACACGCUGAAUGAGCUCGUGGUGGGAGACACCAAUGGAAAGCUCUAUGUUUACAAGAAUGAUGAUAGCAAGCCCUGGGCUGUGCGAUCUUGCCAAGGAAUGCUUACAUGUGUCCGUGUGGGAGAUGUGUGCAAUAAAGGAAAGAAUUUCGUGGUGGCAGUGAGUGCAGAAGGCUGGUUUCAUCUUUUUGACCUGACUUCUCUGAAUUCAAAACACCCAGAUGCUUCAGGCCACCAUGAGCUUGCAGGGGCAGAAGAGCAGAAGCCAGUGUUCAAGCAGCACAUUCCUGCCAACACCAAGGUCAUGCUCAUCAAUGACAUUGAUGGAGAUGGGAAGUGUGAGUUGGUUGUGGGUUACACUGACAGGGUGGUCCGUGCCUUCCGCUGGGAAGACUCAUCAGAGAAUCCAGACCAUGUCUCUGGGCAGUUGAUCCUGUUGAAGAAAUGGCUUCUAGAAGGUCAGGUGGACAGCCUGUCUGUGAACCCAGGCCCUGAUGGCUCACCAGAGCUGAUGGUGUCCCAGCCAGGCUGUGGCUAUGCCAUCCUGCUGUGCACCUGGGACACGGAGCAGCGGGACUCAGCGGCGGGAAGGGAUGGAUCUGCCCCGAGCAGCGAGGCCCCUGUUCGAGAUGUGAUUCUACACCAAACAUCUGGGCGGAUUCACAACAAGAAUGUCUCCACUCAUCUCAUUGGUAGCAUUGCCCGAGGCUCCAGUGAGAAUAGUGGCUCAGGUCUCUUUGCCCUCUGUACUUUGGAUGGAACACUGAAACUGAUGGAGGGAGCAGACAAGCUGCUCUGGUCUGUUCAAGUUGAUCACCAGCUCUUUGCUCUGGAAAAGCUGGAUGUUACAGGCAAUGGGCAUGAGGAGGUGGUUGCCUGUGCGUGGGACGGUCAGACGUACAUCAUCGACCACAAUCGGACUGUGGCCAGAUUCCAAGCAGAUGAGAAUGUCAGUGCCUUCUGUGCAGGCCUCUAUGCAUGCAAAGAAGGGAGCAACAGUCCCUGCCUUGUUUAUGUCAGCUUCAGCCAGAAGAUCUACAUCUACUGGGAUGUGCAGCUGGAGAGAAUGGAGUCCACCAACCUGUUGAAAAUCCUGGAUGGUGACCCAGAGUUUGAAAGUCUUCUGCAGGAGCUGGAUGUAGACAAAAACGAUGUUGAUGCUGUCAGAAACCUGAUUCACAAAACACUCUAUUUUCCUGAGAAGUACCAUCUCAGCAGCCCCUCACAGGAUCCUGCUGGAACAGAUUCUUCUGCCCACUGCAGUGGCAUCCAAGAUCCCUUAUAACAAGAAGGCUGACAUCUUUAAUGCCAGCACAAGAUUGUCUGCAGCUGGGAUUUGGCAUCUGAUGAAGAUGACUGUUCUUUCCCUAUCUUGUGAAAACUUCCAAACAGGAAAGGGUCUACAGGCUGUGAAGGGAUGUUCUUGGCUGUAGGCUUGCCUGUAUGUGGUGGGUUGGUUUGCCUUUAGAUGAGGCAGCUGCAAGAACAGAAAGGGCUUCUGUUGCCAGUUUCCAUAUUCCUCACUAUCUGAAGUGCUCCACUGGUCACUGUGAAGGAGCAGUGAGGUCACAGGUGGAGAGAACAGCUGAACCAAGUCCCCAUUUUGACCUAUUCUUAGAAGUACUUCAGUGAAUAUUUCUGAGUUCUUAGCAGGAUCACAGUGCAGGAAGUAGAGAUGGAGGAACUGAGUUAGGGUGCAGGCAUGGGUGUUCUCUCCCACCUAGGUGUAUUUAAAGUAGAGCCAUGCACUGUUUGUCUUUGUUUUGCUGCUGCUCUUCUGCCAAGCAGUUUCUAGCAAAUCAUCUGUUCUUAGUAGUUGGAGACAUGCACAACUUGCACUAUUGAGUGUGGGGAGAUAGCAGCUCCAGCAAACCCAGCUCUGGUCAAGAGUCAUUGCUUGUCUCCAUCUUCUUGGGCAGGGUGAUCCCAGAGAGGGCUGUGACUUAACAAAGCAGCUGUGAAGCAGUCAGUAAGACCAGUCUGACUUAACAGUGGAUCUGUGGUGCUAUGAGAGCUUGGCCAUCCCACAAGAAGCAGGGAAAGUGGAAAUGCCACUCUUGCCUCUUGUUGUGGAGAGUGUCAUGCUUUGAGUCCUGCACAGCUGAAAGAGGUGGGCUGGAAGUGAUGUCCCACUGACUGGCAUGAGGAGUCUGGUAAAGGGGAGCUCAUUUGCAAAAGCCCAGGCAUGAACCUUUCCACAUGCUGUUGUUGCUGUGCUUUUUGCUCUCUUAGCUUGUCUCUUGCCUAACUCAGCUUGUUAGGAAAGGGGCAGCAGGCCUACCUGCUGGCUUGCAUCGAUUAUUGCCUCUCACUUGUGUGAUGUUUUAUUGGACAUGUGUGAUGGAUGGAGCUGUCCCUUCACCUUUACAGCAGCCUGAGUCACAGCAAAUACAAUUCAGUGAUCUGGAGCAAGUGGCAGCAUUUAAAGAUCCUGCAGGCGGCUGAAAACCUGCUGUGCUUUACUCUGCAAAAUAUUCAAGGGCAGCCCUAGCUGGGAGAAAGUGCUUUGUAUAGAGAAAAGGAGUGUCUUGCCCUUGGCUGAAAGUGACUCUUGCUGAAGCAGCCCUGUGUGGUAGAAGGGCAGGAUCUUUACAUAAUAAGCCUUAGCUGUUCUUUGCAGUUUCCCUCUGUAGAUUUAUAUAAGCUUUUCAGAGGACAGUGCUGUCCUCUGCAUUUGGUGGCAGUAGAAGUUGGAGCAUGGAGCAAUGAAACGGUGUGACCUGCUUUGUACCUGCCAGCUUCUUAAGCCACUGUAUCUUCUGACUCUAACUGCAGUAGAAGUUUCUCUCCAUUUUAAUGGCGUUGCUGAGAAGCAUUUUUAAAUGUUCCCCUGUCCUACUAAGAGCUUGUGUAAAACUGAACCCUUCAGGCAGGACCUUUCAAGUAAUAAUAAAGCUUAUUAACAGUGGUGUUGAGAGCA